UUAAGGUGUCAGGAGGUACCUGACUCCAAGCCAGAGAGGAAGAAGGAAAACCACUGCCCAGGAGAGGUGGGCAAGUGUGGGGGAGGCAGGAGCUCCAAGCAGAUGGCUUCUCCUGCAGCCAGGGUGCCUCUCGCUCCUUCUCAGAAUGGGCUGCCUGGGGAGGAAAACCCUGCCUUUCUUCCUCAUUUUUGUGCCCAUAUAUCUACGUGGGGCUUUGUUGCAAGAAACCGCACCUGAGAGGCAAAGAAAACCAUUCCUUGAGAGGCUCUGUAGACUAGAAGCAGAGUUUCGGAGGUUCCAAGAGGCAACCCUAAAGCACCUUCAGGGCAUCGCCAGCAGCUACAACCUGUCCUUCGUCAUGGAGGCCUGGUUCCAGAGCCUGGCCCGCGAGAGCCAGGCCGUGGCCCUGGCACUCAACCAGCUGCAGGCCGCCGUGCAGGGUGACCUGGGCCACCUCAAGACCUGGGUGCAGAAGACUCAGUGCAGAGGCCAGAAGGUGGACAACAGGCUGCUAGCCUUGGGCGCCACCCUGAGCGAGAGGAGCAAGCAGCGCGCCCAGGAGAGGAAGGAGCAGGAGGAACAGAGGAACGCCCACUCUGGCCUGGCCCUGGAUGUGUGGGCCAUGCAGGACGUGCUGGCUCGCCUGCCCCUCAUCCAGAGCCAGGGUGCUGGGCUGGCAGCUUUCAAGGGGCGGCUGCAAGUGGCCGGCCCUGGCACCGCCGCCCUGUGGGUGACCCCGGCCCCACCUAGGCCAUUGAGCCCGAGCUCCCCACAGCUACAGGCAGGCAGGCACCCAGAACUCCGCCUGAGCUCGGGGACCCCCCUCUGGACUUCGCUCACUGUCUCCAAGGGACGCAGGAGCCCCCAGGCCCAGGCAGCCAGCAGGCGUGGCCCCCCAAGAGCCCAGGAGAGAGUAAGCACCAUGGCCUGCCCUUCCCCAUCAGUGUCCACUUUUCCCUCUGGUGCCUCCUUAGGCCUCCAGUCCCCUCCAGGAGGACUUCUCCCCAGGCUGGGCGAAGAAGACACUGCUUUACACCCCACAAAACCCACUCUCGAAGAAAGGAACCGUCCAGGUGAUGGCCUGCCUGCAGGUCAGGCCACCCAAGGCACACACCAGUGGGGUGCUGCCCGCAGGCAGUAA